AUGAUUCAACAUGAAGUGCUUGCUGUAAAUCAAAUGGAGAAAUUGUACUUAAAGACGAUUGAUGUAUACAAUCCAGUUAUGCUACGUAUAUUCAAAUCAGUUCAACUUCAAAAACCGAAAUCUCACAGAACUCCAGAUGGAACAAAGGCAAAAGAUCAAGCAGCAAUGCUUUCACUGCUUAUUUUUAAAACAGACCUACCACUAACUUCAUUUGAAGAACUCAGUCAGAUGUCUAAAAAUGAACAGUUUUGUUUUUUUGCACCAGAUAACUAA